CAAUAUAUGAUAUAUCCCCCUCGGCCUCACCCCCAAUUUCUUUGCAAACCAAACACUCCCACCAUAGCCGCCUUUAAACACUCAUCUCUCCCCCUUUCUCUCUCUCUCCGUAAAACCUCUCUCCUUUACUCUUUCUUUCCCUGUUUAUGGAAUGACGGACUACCGGCUGCCGGCGAUGAAUAUGUGGGCCCCCUCGGCCGACGCCUCCGAUGACAACGCUUCCAUGAUGGAGGCCUUCAUUUCCUCCGAUCACCCCCCGGUUUUCUGGGCCCCACCCACUUCCAUGGCUCCUCCUCCUCAUCAUCAUAAUCAUAACCAUAACUCCUCCUCCUCUUCCGCCGCUUCAUCGGUGGUCCUUAAUCAGGAGACGCUCCAGCAGCGUCUCCAAACCCUGAUCGACGGCGCCCGGGAGACCUGGACCUACGCGAUUUUCUGGCAGGCCUCCGUCGUGGAUUUCGCCGCGCCGUCGUUGUUGGGGUGGGGCGAUGGGUACUAUAAAGGGGAGGAGGAUAAAGGGAAGCGGAAUAGACCCGCGUCGUCCCCGGCCGAACAGGCCCACCGGAAGAAGGUUCUCCGGGAGCUCAAUUCCCUCAUCUCCGGCCCCGCCUCCACCGACGAAUCCGUCGACGAAGAAGUCACCGAUACUGAGUGGUUCUUCCUGGUCUCCAUGACCCACUCCUUCAUCAACGGGUCGGGUCUCCCGGGUCAGGCGUUUUGCAGCUCCAGCCCGAUAUGGAUCGCCGGGCAGGAUAAGCUCUCGUCGUCGCCCUGCGAGCGCGCCCGCCAAGCGCAGACCUUCGGGCUCCGGACCAUGGUCUGUAUCCCGUCCGCAAACGGCGUCGUUGAGCUCGGAUCCACUGAGUUGAUUCUCCAGAGCUUUGAUUUGAUGAACAAGGUUAGGGUUUUGUUUAAUUUCAAUAAUCCCGAUAUGGGUUCGAUCUCGGGCUCCGUCUCGUGGGCCGCCCCGCCGGAGAACGACCCGUCGGCGCUCUGGCUCACUGAGCCGACGUCGUCUUCCGGUGUCGAUGUGAAAGAAUCCGUGAACACCUCAGUUCAAGAGAAUUCAAUUCCGUCCAGUAGCGUAAAGGAAAUUGUGUUCCGAAACGAGAAUCCAAGUACUGGUAAUAAUCACCAUGAUUCUCAACAAUCACAAGGGUAUUUCACCCGGGAAUUGAAUUUCUCCGAGUUUGGAUUUGAUGGAGGUAAUAACAAUAAUCUUAGAAAUGGAAAUGGAAAUGGGAAUUCGUCUAAUUCUUGCAAGCCCGAGGCUGGGGAAAUCUUGAACUUUGGGGAGAGUGGUACUAAAAGAAAUGGAAAUGGGAAUUCUUGUCAAUUUCCUGGUGGAGAUGAGAGCAAAAGCAAGAAAAGAUCAGCAACGUUAAAGGCGAGCAACGAAGAAGGAAUGCUCUCUUUUGGCUCUGGAAUGGGCUCUGGAAUGGUGAAAUCCUCCAUGGGAAUUGGGGAUUCUUCUGAUCAUUCCGAUCUCGAGGCAUCGGUGGUGAAGGAGGCCGACAGCCGGGCCGUGGAAGCCCUGGCACCGGCCGAGAAACGGCCAAGAAAGCGGGGGAGGAAGCCAGCAAACGGGCGAGAGGAGCCAUUGAACCAUGUAGAAGCAGAGAGGCAGAGGAGGGAGAAGUUGAACCAAAGGUUCUAUGCCUUAAGGGCAGUAGUCCCAAAUGUGUCCAAGAUGGACAAAGCUUCCCUUCUCGGGGACGCCAUUGCCUACAUAAACGAGCUGAAAUCAAAGCUCGAAACCUCAGAAUCCUACAUAGACGACCUGAAGGUCCAAGCCCAAUCCUUGAAGAAAGAAUUGUCCACCAAAGAGCCCCGCCAUGACCGCCAUCCCGACCCCAAGAAACCUACCCCCCACAAGAUCCCGGACAUGGAUGUGGACGUGAAAGUCAUGGGCUGGGACGCCAUGAUUCGAAUACAAUGCAGCAAAAAGAACCACCCCGCAGCUCGCCUAAUGGUCGCUCUCAUGGAGUUGGACCUAGAUGUCACCCAUGCCAGUGUUUCUGUGGUGAAUGAUUUGAUGAUCCAACAAGCCGCCGUGAAGAUGGGAACCCGGUUUUACAACCAAGAUCAGCUUCGGGUAGCAUUGACAUCCAAACUCGCAGAAACUCUAUGAAAUGAAGAUCAAUUUUUAGGCUCUGUAUUGUGAGCUAACUCUAUAUAUAUAAAUAUUUUUUUUCCAAUCAGACUCGGUUGAAAGUAGUAGUUCCAGUCCAGAGUUUGAUAGCUGAGGAAAUGCUAAUAAGCUAUGCAGCUUUCAACCUCUUAGUUUUGGUUUUAUACUAUCAGUUCUUAGUUGUAUAUAAUCCCGAAACUUGAUUGUAACAUGUCGGGGCUUUUAAUCUGUGUAAUUAGACAGAAUCUGCUUUGCUUUCAUCUUUUGUCUCUCAGGUUUGCACUUCUGUACUCGUUGUUCUUCAGAUAAACGCAGGGUGCAUAUUGGUUGCGGAUGAAUUCCAAUCUUUAUGAAGGAAGAUGUAUUGUGAUA